GCCCGCUGCCUCCGCUACCCCCCGCACCGCUCGGAGCUCAGAGAGCAGGUUGCCCGGACACCGUCGCUGCUGUUCCCGCUUACCCUCCGCCUCGGGAGCCGUUACUCGGAUACAAACUUAGUUCCCGUCACCGGACACCGAGCAGCCGACAGGAACAAACUGCUUGUGGAGGCGCUGUGACCGGCUGAGCCUCCCCCUCCUCUCGUCGGUUCACCUCGCGGUGGUCAGCGGGCACUCGCUGGAGUGGGACCUGAGAGGCUGAGCAGUGGGAGGCGUUGGACUGCAUGAGGAGGCCGAGCGACGGGACGCUGGUCCUCACCUAGACCCGCCCCCAUCGACCCCUGACCCCCACACCGCACCGACAUGAGGUCGUUCCGGUCGUUUGCCAACGAUGACCGCCAUGUCAUGGCCAAACACGCCAGCGUCUACCCGGCGCCGGAGGAGCUGGAGGCCGUCCAGGCGCUGGUGUCCACCGCAGAGGGAGCUCUGAAGAAGGUUUCUGACUGGAUGGACGGCCUGAAGGACUCCCCAGGGAAGACGUCCAGCUGUGAUGACGAGGAGGAGGAAGAUGCUGCUGAGACGGACCCAGCUGGAGCGCCGGUUCUGUGUGGGGUGACCCGGGUCGGCCUGCUGGCCAAAGGUCUGCUGAUCAGAGGCGACACGGAGCUGGAGCUGGUGCUGAUGUGCCGACCCAAACCCACCAAGCUGCUGCUGUACACCGUCAGCGCCAACCUGCCCCUGCAGAUCCAGACGAUGACAGACGACAGGUAUGAAGUCCAGUCGUGUGUCUCUGAGGCAGCGAUCCGGGUCUGCAGCACCAAAGAUCCCAGAUUGACCCUGAAGAUCACCCUGACCUCGCUCGCCAUGAGGGAGGAAGAGGAAGAUGAUGAAGAGGAAGUCGAUCAAGAGGAAGGCGAGCCGAGGUGUGAGGAAGAGGAGGAGGAAGAUGUGCUGGACAGGCUGAAGUGCCAGGCGGCGCUGGCGGCGCUCCGACACGCCAAGUGGUUCCAGGCCCGGGUCGCCGACCUCAAGUCCUGCCUGGUGGUUCUGCGGGUUCUGAGGGACGUGUGCAAUCGCCAGCCGGAGUGGCAGCCUCUUCAAGGAUGGCCGCUGGAGCUGAUCUGCGAGAAGGCCGUCGCCACUAGCAACCGGCCGCUGGGUCCAGGAGAAGCUCUGCGCCGGGUCAUGGAGUGCGUCGCCUCAGGGAUCCUGCUACCAGGAGGCCCAGGAGUUCACGACCCCUGUGAGCGGGAACCCAGAGACGUUCUGACGCAGCUCAGCGCGCAGGAAGCCGACGCCCUGACGCGCAGCGCCCAGCAUGCGCUGCGCCUCAUUGCGUUCGGUCAGCUCUACAAGGUUCUGAACAUGGAUCCUCUGCCGCCCACCAAGGUUUCUCCACGGCUGCUGGAAGGCGGCUGCCUGAAGAGGCUCCGGGACGACUCAGGCUGUGACGACAGAGACUUCACCAAACGGAUGAAAGUGCUGGACUGGAGGAUGACCGACCCGAACCAUCCCAUGAACGCUCUGAUGCGUCUGAACCAGAUCCAUCCGGGCCUUCAGUACCGCCUGCUGUGUCAGUCGGGUCCGGUCCACGCUCCGGUCUUCACCAUGUCUGUAGAGAUCCAGGGAACCACAUACCAGGCCAGCGGGAACUCCAAGAGGACGGCCAAGCUGCAGGUGGCCCUGAAGGCCCUUCAGGCUCUGGGUUUCGUGCUCGCCUCAGACGGGGACCUGGACUCUCUGAGCGCCGAUGAGAAGUCUGACGGAGAAGGAAAGAACGACAGGAUUUCCACCAGCUCCAGCUCCACAUCCGUCACCUCCUCCACGGAGACGCAGGAGUCCAGAGCUCCGGGUCCGAUCCUGACGGCGGGCGGGAAAAACCCGGUGAUGGAGCUGAACGAGAAGCGGCGCGGCCUGAAGUACGAGCUGAUCUCAGAGAGCGGCAGCAGCUACGACAAACGCUUCAUCAUAGAGGUGGAGGUGGAUAAGCAGGUGUUCCGGGGAACCGGUCCCAAUAAGAAGGUAGCCAAAGCCAGCGCGGCGCUCGCCGCUCUCAACAGCCUGUUCUCCGGAUCCAAACCGACCAACGUGAAGAAGAAACGCCUCAACCCAGCACCGAAGCGACCCCUGACCUCCGUGCUGACCAUCCCGACGCUCGCCACCAGACCUCCACGGGUCCCCAUCCUGCCCAGAGCGCCGUACAUCAGCACGCCCCCCACACACGGCUACAUCCCCCCAGGUUUUGGUGCGCCGUACGGCUACAGCCCUGCUGCCCCCCUCCCUGCCUACAGUCUUCCCUCCAGAUUGCCCUCAGUAGUUGUUCCCGUCAUCAGAGUCCCCCCCAUCUACCCCGUCACCCACCUGUACCCCUACUAGCCCCGCCCACUUUUACCCCUACUAGCCCCACCCCCUCCACCCGUUAAAGGAAUAUCCCCACUAAAGCUGAGGAUCAGCGUCUGACAUCAAACAUUUCGGCUACAAACUGUUGAUGAGUUUAAUUCUGCAGCUUUAAAGACAGAAGAAGAAGAAUUAUGUUCAAUAAUCCAAAACAUUUGGACCCAGAAACAUCUUCUCGUUUUCACACCUUCAAAUCUGCAUAAAGUGACUCAACAUUCCACAUGCAGAGGAGAAUCAGUCACAGCCCGGCUCCACUGAUCCAUAAACACCAACGUUUAUGACUUUUUAAUAUUUUCAGGAUGAUUAUGUUAAAUCAUAUCAGGCUGAAGGAAAUAAACGGAUCUGAUGCAGAUUAGAUUUAUUAUCAGCAGCUUUUGGACAAGAGUUUUUUUCACCUGCUGCAGGUUAGAAAGUUUGAAAGUUGAACAUCCUGCUGAAUGGAGCCGAAGUUACAGCCUGGAUGAAAUCCUGUUUGUUUCAGAGAGAGCAGCUCUUCCAGCAGCGUGCUUAUGUUUUAGUUUGUGGGUUUUUGUCAUUUUUGGUUUUAUAUUUUGUGUUUGAAAUGUUUGUUGUGUUGAGGAUAAAAACACAGUUAGUUUGAGCCAGAACCCUCUGCAGUGACGAAGCUGUGAUGAAGCAGUGAAACCCAGAAUGUGUCGGAUAUUCCUUUAACUUUCCCUCCUGUGAUUCAUUGGCUUGUUUUUGGUUUUGGUUUUUUGGUGUUGAAAAGUUUACAGCGAUCAGUUGCACAGAAAACAUUUUUCCUUUCAUGUCAUAUCAACUGUUUACAUUUGCUACUGUUUUAUUUUGACCUGGCUGUUAAUAAUAAUCUUUUUAAAUAAAAAUAUUUUUGUCAAAUGUU